GCAUAAUAAAUAAAAGAUCCCGAGUGGAGACGCUUGAAAAAUAAAACCAACCUCUUAAUAUUACCGAUCGUCCAACCCUAUUCACGCCAGCCUCAACCUCAAAAGACAUGACAAGAAGACAAAACCUCAAAUCUUCACUCAGAACAGAAAUCGAGACUGCAUGAAAUCUAAUCAAAAUACCCAUGGCAUCACCUAAAUCGCUACAAACACGUGUCCCCACCUGUCCCUGUCCCUGUCACGUCCCCUCACUUCAUGAGCUCACUCUACCGACCCUCCACCAGAAGAGAAGCCCAAGCUGCCAUGGCCAAGCUCACCGCCGCUGAGCGCGCGGCUCACGAGGAAGGGAAUCUUCACAUGCUGCGCGCUACUAUCGAGCGCACUCUUUGGCAUUUAGACCCUCACAGUGAAUUGGCCGCUCAUCUGCGAGAAACCACCAAAGAAAUCAGACGUCAUACCCUCGCGGGCUUACUUCCAAAACCGAAACCAAAAUCACAACAGCAGUCAUUACCUUCUUUAGAACCAGAGGAACCAGAAUUACCUCGGUAUUCUCUUCCCCAGCAACAACAACCAGCUCGUGAACUGCAAAAGGUCCCUACGAAUGAAGGCAGCAGAUACCAGCUUCGCGAUCGGCAGGAUCACGUGCCGAUAAUCGAACUUAGCUCUGACGUAUCCUCAGAAUUGUCAGAUGAGCCCAUAUACGAUUUCGAUCAUGCGCCUGACCAAGGCGAGAGCGCAUCGGCCAGCGACAUGAGUACCUUGGCAAAAGAACAUCAGAAGCCAAGCCGAGAGAUACCGAGUGAAGAAAUUCCAGCCCAUGAGGCAUUAAAUCAGCAAUUGUCAGCCCCAGAGUCUAAGAAGCGACCUGCCGAGGAUGACGACGAAGACGACGCGUCGCCAGUCUCAAAACGCGUAAAAGGCUGGCUGACGCAUAUCACGGGCGGAUACAUGUGAUUUCAUCUUUUACCGCUCUUAUAAACGGCAAGAUCUAUCUGGACAUGAAUCAAUCGUCAUCUUCAAAGAAUACGCUCCUGCUACUACAUUUGACUGCAUUCUGGAAAUGCAAUAUGGAAGGUCCUGAGCUUGGGUGAUAAAUUUGGGACAAGAUAAUGGGCAACCUACGGAUAGUUAUACUGGAAUCGGCGGGGAAAGAACUUCUGAGUUUUUAUAAACUUGAUUGGGGACGGGAUAGAAACAUCAGGAAAUGUUACGCUGAGAAGUUGGAAGAGAUUGAUUGGAAUACCCUACGGAGCUCAGUGGAUGGCUAAUGUAUUAUUUGACUUUGAGUAUGAAUCGGUGUUUCAUUUCGUUAAGCCACGCCCUGGUCCCUCUCAUGAAUCUGCAUGCUUCAGUGACAAAC